GGGGGUCCUUGUAGCCUCAGCAGCUAGUUCGGCCGGUGUGAGCCUGAGCAUCCUUCCAGAAAGAGCCCGGAGCAGCUAACCGACUCGGACUGCGCUCGCUCUGCUCCCCUUCAAUCUGCCCGCACACGAGCUCUCUGAAGACAAAGAGUUUAAAGAUGCCUUCAGCUAUGGUUGGCAACAGUGCUGUCCAGUCUGUCACUCCAGACCUGGGGAAUGGAAGUCAGUCUGAGGCCAUGAAGCAGGUUCUUGGUGUGAUGGACAAGAAGGUUCGCAAUAUGGAGAAGAAAAAGUCCAAACUUGAUGACUACCAGGCAAAGAAGAAUAAAGGAGAAAGCCUGAAUCAAGAUCAGUUGGACGCCUUGACGAAGUACCAAGAGAUCACCUACAAUCUUGAGUUUGCUCGAGAAUUGCAGAGAAACUUCAUGGCAUUGGGCCAAGAGAUCCAAAAGGCAGUGAAAAAGACUGCAAGACGGGAACAGCUCCAGCGAGAGGAGAUGGAGCAGCGGCGGCUGAAGACGGUUUUGGAGCUUCAGUUUUUACUGGACCAGUUGGGGGAUGAGAGCGUCAGACAAGACCUUAAACGACCCGAUGCCACUGGUUCCCCUCUGCUCACUGAUGCCGACCUCACCUCCCUUGAUGAGUUUUACAAGCUCGUUGGACCUGAUAGGAACUAUGACGUCAGGUUGACUGACCAAUAUGAAGAAGCCUCAACUCACUUGUGGGAACUGCUUGAGGGCCAUGACAAGGCUGUGGCAGGGACCACAUAUAAGUCACUGAAGGACAUUCUGGACAAAGUGCUGCUCAGUGGUUACUUUGACCGAGCCCAAACUCAUCAGAAUGGGACGUGUGAGCAGGAAGAGGAACCAGAGGAGCAGAUUGUGGUGGCUGAGUCCAACGCUGGGGAGCAGCUAUCAGAACCUGAAGGAACAGCAAGUGAAAAAUACACCCCCCCAAUUAAAGUGGAAACCACAGAGUUUGUAAACAGACAGUUCAUUCCAGAAGCUUCGUACAGCAGCACAGACAAAGAACAAGUGGAGGAGUGGACAGUGGAGGCUCAGAUGGUCAAUUCCAUCCAGCAGCAGCCCCCAGCCCAGCUGACACCAGAGCCAACUGUUCCCAUGAACUGUGACAGCCCCCCUCCCAACGCUGACCCUGUGGUCAGAAAGCAGGUAGUGCAAGACCUCAUGGCCCAGAUGCAGGGGACCUACAACUUCAUGCAGGACUCAGUGUUGGAGUUUGACGGCCAGGCUCUGGACCCAGCCAUUGUGUCUGCUCAGCCCAUGAAGCCUGCGCAGUCUGCGGACCUGCAGCAGAUGAGCUGCCCCUCACCCCUUUCAGAGUCCAGACUUCCUCAAACAAGUGUCGUGCCAGGACCACAGGAAUCCUCACAAGCCUCGAUGUCUCUUUCGUCCGAGCAGUCCCCCGCCCCAUGUUCCCUGUCCUCUGCCUUCCCACCUGUCUCCAAGCCCACACACACUGGAGGCAUCAAUGUCAACGCAGCGCCCUUCCAGUCAGUGCAAGCGGUAUUUAAUAUGAAUGCACCUGUACCUCCAGCCACUGAAGGCCAAGCAGACCCUCUGAAGCAGCCCAGUCAGUUCCCUGGUGGCUAUGGACAGGGUUUCAGCAGCCAGUCAGAGAGUACUGUCAACCAGCCGGAAAUCCCACAGGAAACAUUACAGUCAGUUGUUGGUGGGUUCCAGCCCCAAGAACCAGUCAUGGCUCCAGCAGGAGCUCAUGAAGAGUCGACUCCAGGUGCAGGGUUUGGACAGUCGGGACAGUCCUUCUACAACAGCAGGGCCGCGCCCAGGUCCGGACCCAGGAACGCCCGAGGCGUGAUGAAUGGAUACCGGGGCUCCUCUAAUGGAUUUAGAGGGGGAUAUGAAGGCUACCGCCCUCCUUUCUCAAACGCUCCCAGCGGCGGUUAUGGUCAAACCCAAUUCAACACAUCUCGGGACUAUUCUAAUACCACCUACCAGCGGGAGGGAUAUCAGCAAGGCUACAAGCGGGGAGCCGCCCAAGGACCUCGAGGUUUGUCUCGAGGCAACGCUCAAGCGAUGAGGUCCUAAAGGAUUCCAAGGAUCACCAAGUUGCGCCACGUUGAACAUUCAGGAUUUUUGAAUGUGUUCGCCCCUGUUCACUUUUCUAACAAUGUUUUAUUUCUCAUUGGUAAUCUUAUUUUUUUAACUCCUGGCCUACUACUAUCUGAGUCAGUCUGCUUUGGUCUGUCUAGAUCCUCUUAAUGUUUUAACACAAAAUGCUGAACUUCACCACAUGUAGGAUUAUCAGCAUGUCUGUGUGUUGUAAAACAACAAAUAGAUAUUCCUGUAAACUUGAAAGAUUUCAUUAAUUUAUUUUUUGUACAAAAUAAAUGCAAAAAAUACCCUGCCACUGUCGAUCUAAUUCCAUGCGGUUGAUAUUCUUCUGCCCAGUGUUGCCAGUCACUCUUUCCUUUUUGAUCUAAUACGUCUCAUGAAGGCAUUCGAUGUUUUGGUUUUCUUUUUUUUUUUAACCCCAUUCACCUCUUACGCCAUCACCUCUUUGUAUGCUGAUGUUAUUCAUUGAGACUGUUUCAAUAAAGUUGUGUUCUAUUA